GUAGUUUCCCCUUCGGCGCAUGCUCACUCCGAAAGCCCAUCUCUUUUAAUCUUCCCAUCACUUCCUUCAUUCCGAAAGCUCAUCGCUUUUAAUCUUUUCCACCUCAUCCCGUUGCACCAGGCCGAACUGACGCAUGCGCAGCAUCGCGGUAAACAGGGAAAAGCUUCGCUCCUCCCACUUCAUGGCACGAACGUUUCGCCAGCUUCCCUUCAUGCGCUUUCAGGCAGGAGAAACAAUUUCCUUCUUUGGUGCGUCUGCGCGCUGGCCUUUCAUCCGGGUACUGGAAGACGAUGAAUGCUCCUUUCCAAGAUGGCGGCGGAGGGAGGAGGGAAGGAGAUGAACGAGAUUAAGACCCAGUUUACCACCCGCGAGGGGCUCUACAAGCUCUUGAGCCACUCGGAGUACAGCCGGCCCAACCGGGUGCCUUUCAAUUCGCAGGGCUCCAACCCCGUUCGCGUCUCUUUCGUCAACGUCAACGACCAGAGUGGCAAUGGGGACCGGCUCUGCUUCAAUGUGGGCCGGGAGCUUUACUUCUACAUUUACAAGGGGGUCCGCAAGGCUGCUGAUUUGAGUAAACCAAUAGAUAAAAGAAUAUACAAAGGAACGCAACCUACAUGUCAUGACUUCAAUCAUUUAACAGCCACAGCAGAAAGUGUUUCUCUUCUAGUGGGCUUCUCUGCAGGACAGGUGCAGCUAAUAGAUCCUAUUAAAAAAGAAACUAGCAAGUUAUUUAACGAAGAAAGACUAAUAGACAAGUCCAGAGUAACUUGUGUAAAAUGGGUGCCUGGUUCAGAAAGUCUUUUCCUAGUAGCUCAUUCCAGUGGCAAUAUGUACUUAUAUAACGUGGAACACAACUGUGGUACCACAGCUCCACACUAUCAGCUACUUAAACAAGGGGAAAGUUUUGCAGUUCAUACAUGCAAAAGUAAAUCUACACGAAACCCUUUACUUAAAUGGACAGUAGGUGAAGGUGCCCUAAAUGAAUUUGGUUUUUCUCCAGAUGGAAAAUUCUUGGCAUGUGUAAGUCAGGAUGGCUUUCUUCGUGUAUUUAACUUUGAUUCAGUUGAGUUGCAUGGUACAAUGAAAAGCUACUUUGGAGGACUGCUGUGUGCAUGUUGGAGCCCAGAUGGAAAAUACAUUGUAACAGGUGGAGAGGAUGAUUUGGUGACUGUCUGGUCUUUUGUGGACUGUCGAGUGAUAGCUAGAGGCCAUGGGCACAAAUCAUGGGUCAGUGUUGUGGCCUUUGAUCCAUAUACAACCAGUGUAGAAGAAAAUGAUCCAAUGGAAUUCAGCGGCAGCGACGAGGACUUCCAAGACCUCCUCCAUUUUGGACGAGAUCGAGCAAAUAGCACGCAGUCAAGAUUAUCAAAAAGGAACUCUACAGAGAGUCGCCCAGUAAGUGUAACGUAUAGGUUUGGCUCAGUAGGUCAGGACACACAGCUAUGUUUAUGGGACCUAACAGAAGACAUCCUCUUCCCACACCAGCCCCUCUCAAGAGCAAGGACACAUACAAAUGUCAUGACUGCCACAAGUCCCCCCACAGGAAGUGGUGGAGCUAACCCAGGAAGUAAUGGAAAUAGCAUCACAACACCUGGAAACUCUGUACCACCUCCUCUUCCACGUUCCAACAGCCUUCCACAUUCUGCAGUUUCCAAUUCUGGCAGCAAAAGCAGUGUCAUGGAUGGUGCCAUUGCCUCUGGUGUUAGUAAGUUUGCAACCUUAUCGUUACAUGACCGAAAGGAAAAACACCAUGAAAAAGAUCAUAAGCGAAAUCAUAGUAUGGGACAUAUAUCUAGUAAGAGCAGUGACAAACUGAAUCUAGUUACUAAAACCAAAACAGACCCAGCAAAAACUUUGGGAACGCCUCUGUGCCCCAGAAUGGAAGAUGUUCCUUUGUUAGAGCCUCUUAUCUGUAAAAAGAUAGCACAUGAAAGACUGACUGUGUUAAUUUUUCUUGAAGACUGUAUAGUCACUGCUUGUCAGGAGGGAUUUAUUUGCACAUGGGCAAGGCCUGGUAAAGUGAAGGCAUUUCAUCCUGUGGAGGCAGAAGGGGCUGCUUUUGCUGAGUCUGUCUCUGCAAAAAUGGUUUUGGGGGAGGGCAGUCAUCACAGAAUUGCUUCUUCCCUUUCUGCCGCUGUGAGCCAACUCUGGAAAUCGGUUUCACAUCUCUGUGAAAUAUUCCGUUUCUGCAUCAAGAUAAAAAUAAAAGCAAAGGUAAGUAUGUUUAUAUUAAGGCUGUCGUACAGAAAGCCACAUAUCUCUCGGGAGAAUUUGAGCCUACUCCUUAGUUUCAAUAUAAGUUGUUGCACCCAUGCCCCCAAAAAUUAUCCAUAAAGCUCUGAAGAUAUUCCAGAGGAGAGAUGACAAUUAGAAAAGAAAAGCUAGUCAAAGCCCAUGACACCUUUAUAUAUGUUAGAUACAUGAAUGAUAGUCUACAAAUUUCAGCCCAUUUAAAUAUCCAAAAUGUAAAUUUGCAAGCAAAUAAGUUAAAAACCUUUCCUACCUGUGUAUAUGAUCAAGAGAUUUGCAUAACUGGUACAUAUAAUUCAUUAUUUUCUUUUCAGGCAAUGGUUUUUUCCUUCCUAGAAUUUGGAAAUCAAGUUUACUGGAUUUUUUUAGAAAUAAAGAUGGCUUGAGUAUAAAAACAGCUUGCAAUGAUUUUGGCUAAUUACUGAUUUUUAAAUCUAGUUAUGAAAUAGCUUACCCAUGACCUAUACCCAUGUCCCCUAACUUAGCCAGGAUAUUCAAAGCUGCUUUGUUCAGAGCACCUUGUCCACCUUCAGGGGGUGCACUAUUGGUAUGUUUUCCUAAAAAGACAAAACUGGCUACAGGACUCAUAUCUGAAUCACUGUUAAGGUUCAAUUCCUAUAAUGUGUUCUCUAUAAGGCUACCUUUAAAAGGGAUUUGCAAAUCACAACUGAUAUGAAACACAGUGGGCUAGGAUGCCUUUUAGACUAUAUUCUACUGGUCAUAUAUCAGUUGCAAUGGUUUUUUAUUCUAAUCUGAAAAAUUAGAGCAGGACUCAAGCUUUUAUAUUUCAUGCAGUUAUUCAUUUCGAAUCAUGAGUAUUUGAAAGCAGAAUAAACCCUCAUUUUAUAUACAACUGCUGUAACAGAGAUAACAACUUUGUAUCACAAUGAAGUAGUAGUUUUCCAGUUGUUGACAUACAAUUUCCAUCUUUGACUUACUAUCCAUGCUGCCUUGGCUUUGGUUGAUGGUAAGGGUGGGGCAUAGAUUUAACAAUUCUUAAUACAGCAAAUAUAUGUAGUGAUUAAUAAACUAUGUUCUCCUUAAAUUUUUUUGCAGACUGGCCCUUCUUUAGGAUAGCAUUCUCUUUCAAUAUAUGUAAUUAUGGAGAUACUUUACCUAUAUUCCAAAACCUCUCUCUGCCUUAACUUAUUCUGAAGGAGAUCAACUGCCACCAGAAAGAGAUUCUAUGUACAUCCACGCUAAUCUGAAGGUUUUUCCAUAACUGCAAGUAAAACGCAUCUUUUUUCAACCUGCAGCAGCAUCUUACUUAAUAUUUGGUUAAACUAAACAUGCAACUGUCUCACUUGUGAAAAAAAAUUGCUUGAGACAUUGUUCAGAUAUUGUAUAUGCUACAUACCUUUGA